GAGGAGAUAAAUUGAAAUCAAGGGAGGUCUUUCUCUGUCAGGUCCCAAAGACGUUUAGCAGUGCAGCAGGUGGUUUUCCAGAUUUUGUAACUCCCGGGGUGUGAGUUCCUACCGACAAGUUUUUUAUUUCCUUAAAGCAGCAUGGACGGCGUGCCCACCGAGGAGGCUCCGGCGCCCGACGCGCUCCCGCUGCCCGCGGCCAAGACACCCAGUCCCUCAGUUGACUCUCCAGCUUCCUCCAGCUCCGGGACACUCACGCAGUACCACACCCCCGACUCCGCCACCAGCCCCACCGCAGCGGGGAGCCCGUCACCACACUCCUCUCUCCCGAAGGUCAAGGCGCAAGGCAAGGGUGUGGUGAAGACAGGCAAGAGCCGCACAGCCUUCUCGCAGGAGCAGCUGAAAGCCCUGCACCAGCGCUUCCAGAGCCAGAAGUACCUCAGCCCCCAGCAGAUCCGGGAGCUGGCUGCUGCCCUUGAGCUCACCUACAAGCAGGUGAAAACAUGGUUUCAGAAUCAACGGAUGAAAUUUAAGCGUUGCCAAAAGGAGAGCCAGUGGAUGGAUAAAGGGAUGUAUUUACCACAGAAUGGGGUUCAUCAGGCUGCAUACCUGGACAUAGCACCCACGUUCCACCAGGUCUUCCCUGCCGGUUCCAGCAGGAACUUUCAGGCUGUGCCCAACGUGCACCAGGCUUACAGCAGCGGACAGACAUACGGGAAUGGGCAGAACCUGUACUCGUUCCCCUCCGUGGAGGAUGAGGGGCUCUUAGGAAAAGGUGGGACAAGCUGCAAUACCCAGCAAACCAUGGGUUUAUUAAGCCAGCAAAUGAACUUUUAUCACAGCUACUUUGACAAUAUAGAUUAUGUCAGCGUGGAGGUUGAAGAUGCCUUCAACUUUCAGAGCACCUCUGACACUGUCACAUCAUUUUCGAGCUCUCCUAUACAGAAUCAAUGCCAGUUACCUUGGCAUCCCAUGGGGACCCAGAGUGGGUAUGAGUCUCAGGUCUGAGAAAUUUUUUUCUCCAACCUCUUGUGCUCACCCAUGGGAUUUCCAGGGUUUUGAAGUCAUGUUCUAUUUGUUUUUCUUGCUCCUCCUGCUACUGUUGUUUAAACUACUGGGGGGGCUCAGCACCCUGGUGCUAGUUUCUUAUUUAAGUGUGCCUGUCUGUUCAUAGCUAACCCUUGGCAAAGAUGCUUUGGGUAUUGAUGAGUUUGAACCUCAUUCAUUGAGGCCAGUGUGCAAUGUUGCAGCUGUGAACAGCAGAGGUUGUUAAGGUCUGUUCCCUUGUUCAAGUCUCACCUUCUUUGCUGCCUCUCUAGCAGGUGAUCUCUGGUCCUUGCCCUGUGUCUUGCAGCAGAGCUUCCACUGCAAAGGAGGUGAAUGUUUGUUGUUGCUGAAUAAUUUUUUCAUAAAGUCUGUUUUUUGCAGUUACCAAAUAUGUUUUAUGUUAUGUCCAUGUUUUAUUGGUUUUUCUGGUUAAU